AUGGAUGUCUCUCAGGCCGUCUCGGGCUACUUGUCCAAGAUGAUGCUGGCCUCGGGCGACUCGUCAUCCUCGAAAAUGAAGGUCCUGCUGCUGGACAAGGAGACCAUUUCCAUCGUCUCAACGUCCAUCACGCAGUCCGCGCUGCUGGACUAUGAGAUCUACCUCAUCGACCGCCUGGACAAUGCCGCACGGGAGAAGAUGCGCCAUCUUCGGUGUAUCUGCCUGGUGCGGCCUUCAUCGGAGACCAUUCAGCUGCUCAUAGACGAGCUCCGGGACCCAAAGUAUGGGGAGUAUUACUUGUUCUUCACCAACGUAGCGAAGAAGUCUGCGCUCGAGCGGCUUGCCGAGGCGGACGAUCACGAAGUCGUCAAGGUCGUGCAGGAGCACUUUGCCGACUACAUCGUCAUCAACCCGGACUUAUUCAGCUUCAACAUGUCUCUCCCGCAGCAAAGAAUAUGGGCCGGCAGCCCCGAUAAGUGGAAUCCCGAUUCGCUACAACGCUGCUCCGAGGGUCUCAUAGCUGUUCUUCUCUCCCUCAAGAAGAAGCCGUUGAUCCGCUACGAAAAGAGCAGCUCUCUUGCUACCAAAUUAGCUUCCGAAGUGCGCUACUUGAUGACAAAAGAAGACCAGCUAUUUGAUUUCCGCAAAGUUGAUACACCUCCGCUGCUGCUCAUCCUGGAUCGUAGGGAGGAUCCGAUAACGCCCUUACUUACCCAGUGGACCUAUCAAGCCAUGGUUCAUGGUCUUCUUGGCAUCAAAAAUGGCCGAGUCGACCUCAGUGAUGUCCCAGAUAUCCGGCCUGAACUGAAGGAAAUUGUUCUAUCUCAAGACCAGGAUCCCUUUUUCAAGAAGAACAUGUUUCUAAACUUUGGUGACUUGGGCGGAACCAUCAAAGAAUACGUCGAGCAGUACCAGUCAAAAACAAAGAAUAAUGCCAACAUCGAAUCGAUAUCCGAUAUGAAGCGGUUUAUCGAGGAGUAUCCAGAGUUUCGGAAGCUCUCAGGCAACGUCAGCAACGCACUGCCCAUGCUCAUGGAUCUUCUCGUUGCGGCUGGCAACGUAUCCCCGAGACAGUCGGAUCUAGUUAAAAAGGUCUUGACCUAUCACUCUUCAUUACAUACGUCAGACGCCCGGGGCGGUAUCUCAGACAUAUUUGACUCGGCCGGUAUAUUUUCCGGCACGGCAAACCGCUUCAAAGGCCUCAAGGGCGUGGAAAACGUUUACACACAACACAGCUCGCUGUUGGAGGGCACUCUGCAGAAUCUCAUCAAGGGUCGAUUAAAAGACCAGCAGUAUCCAUUCGUCGAAGACAGCGUCCCUACUAGAGAUAAGCCGCAAGACAUUAUUGUUUUCAUGGUGGGAGGCGUUACGUAUGAAGAGGCCAAGAUGAUUGCUGGAGUGAACGCUACGAUGCCUGGUGUGCGUGUGGUUCUUGGCGGCACAACAGUCCAUAAUACGGCUACGUUUUUGGAAGAGGUUGAGGAUGCGGUAGCCUUCGAUGUUGUCGUUAUAGGAGGUGGCCAUGCCGGCGCCGAGGCUUGUGCUGCUGCUGCGAGAGCCGGUGCGCGGACGGCCCUGGUUACGCCAAAGCUCGAUAAUCUGGGAACAUGCUCCUGCAAUCCGAGCUUUGGAGGAAUCGGCAAGGGGACAAUCAUUCGAGAGAUUGAUGCCCUUGACGGCUUGGCGGGGAGGAUUAUCGACAAGGCUGGUGUCCAGUUCCAUCUGCUGAACCGCAGAAAAGGACCAGCUGUGUGGGGCCCCCGAGCGCAGAUUGACCGAGAUUUAUACAAAAAGUACAUGAGAAGCGAGCUCGAAUCAUAUCCAAACUUAUCGAUUGUCCUCGAGAGCGUGUCGGAUAUCGUCUUGACAGAGAACAAAGGCUCUGCUGAGGGAUCAAAAGGCGCCAUUGCUGGUGUGCGGUUAGAAAAUGGCGAAAUUCUACAAACUGGACGGGUAGUCAUCACUACGGGAACGUUUCUGGGGGGCGAAAUACACAUUGGGCUGGAGGCAUAUCCGGCAGGCCGCAUUGGAGAGGCGGCGACAACGGGCUUGAGCAAAUCACUGCGGGACGCAGGCUUUCAGCUGGGGCGGCUGAAGACGGGAACUCCACCGCGACUUGAUAAGGCGUCCAUCAACUUUGAUAUACUUCAACAGCAGUUUGGCGACAACCCCCCAGCUCCAUUCAGCUACCUGAAUACAGAGGUGGCCGUUCGAGACCAACUCACCUGCAGCAUCACAUUCACAAAUGACGCUUCGCACAAGAUUGUUCAAGACAACUUGGACAAAUCCAUUCACAUUCGUGAAACCGUCAAGGGCCCGAGAUAUUGCCCUUCGUUGGAAUCAAAAGUCAUUCGAUUUGCAGACAAGGAACGGCACAUUGUAUGGCUUGAGCCAGAAGGCUUUGACAACCCAAUCAUAUACCCCAAUGGACUAUCCAUGACGAUCCCCGCUGAAGCGCAGGAGCAAGUACUGCGCUCAAUACGAGGCUUGGAGCAAGUCAAGAUGCUGCAGCCUGGCUACGGAGUAGAAUACGACUAUGUUGACCCUCGAGGCCUAAAGUCUACCCUUGAAACAAAGGCGAUUGAUGGACUCUAUCUAGCAGGGCAGAUCAACGGCACUACAGGCUAUGAGGAGGCUGCCGGCCAGGGAAUUAUCGCCGGUAUGAAUGCCGGGCGAUCUGCUCUGGGCUUACCCGGCGCCUCGUUAUCUAGAUCUGAUGGCUACAUCGGAAUCAUGAUUGACGAUUUAAUCACCAAAGGCGUUACAGAGCCUUACCGCAUGUUCACAUCGAGAAGCGAGUUUCGAAUGGCGGCUAGAGCGGAUAAUGCUGACCUUCGACUGACGCAAAAGGGACGCGAGUGGGGCGUCGUCUCUGACCACAGAUGGAGCGUCUUCUCAGACGAGAAGCAGCAGAUUCUCGAUCUCACCAAAUCGCUAGGCGCCGUGUCUCUGGCGCCAGAGGAAUGGAACCAAGCAGGAUUCCAGGUGAAGAGGAGCUCGCAGCGCCGCACCGGCAUCGACAUGCUGAGGCUCUCCAACACUGGAGAGCGCAUCCAGCUGGACCAGCUCAGCUCAGUCGUGCCCGAGAUUCUCAACUACCCGGCGCGCAUUCGAGAGAGGGUUGUCAUUGAAGCAGCUUACGCCCCUUAUAUCAAGAUGCAGGCAGCCGAGCGCGGACAAUUUGUCAAUGACGAAAACAUCCGGCUGCCGCUGGACCUGGACUACGAUGGCAUCCCGGGCCUGGCCCUGUCGGAAAAGGAAGUCCUGAGGCGGACGCGGCCCGAGACUCUCGCGCAGGCUCGUCGCGCAGAGGGUGUAACCCCUUCCGGAUGCAUUCGAUUGCUUGCUUACAUUCGACGCCAAGGGUCGUCUACAGGGGCGCUUGUUGGAUCGGAGAGAAGCCCAUUGGAGGCUCAAUUGCCAUGAUUAACUGAUUUGAGCUGUGAUUUUUUUCUAUUCCUUGUUCUUUGGGAUACUAUGCUUGUCAUGGCGGAGUGAUUGAUUAGGCAUGACUGUAAAUAUGGAGGCAUAUACAACUCUUGUGUAUACGGCAACUCGAGCGCUAGAUGGACUCAUCAUGGACACAACACAUCCUCUGUACACUAAAAGAUGAUAUCAAAAGACUGCACCAAUCGGCGUUUUACUC